AUGGGAGAAGCCCCGGCUUUCCUUGUUGAUGACAUGCAAAAGAGUUUUUCAGACAGAUUUGAUCUGAAACUCAAAGGCUUCGAAACAGCCACUGUUAUCGGAAGCAAAACAUAUGUCAUUAAUGGCACUGAUGGUCCAACAUUAAGUGGAGUUCGUGUCUUCAACAAGUCUACAGGCGAAUGGGUGAUUCCAACUGUUCUAGGGACAAAACCAAAGUCACUAAAAGGACACUCAUCUGUCGUUUUGAAUGACGAUAGAAUCUUGAUCAUCAAAAACAAUUCCAAAUCUAACGAAUGCGUUUGGUUCCUCGAGGUGAACACACAAUUCAUUCGUGACCAAAAGAUGAAAUGUGACACCGAAGUAGUUGCAUGGAGCAAGGGCGUUAUCGGUAAUUCUGAGCAACCUGUGGUGAUUAGUGGCCCAUCUGGUGUAGGCAAGGGUACCUUAAUUAACAAGCUCAUGAAAGAUUUUCCAACAAUGUUUGGGUUUUCUGUUAGCCACACAACCCGUUUAGCAAGAGAAAAGGAGAUAAACGGAGAGCAUUAUCAUUUCACAAAACGAAGUGUUAUGGAAGAAGAGAUCAAAUCCGGGAGAUUUCUUGAAUUUGCUGCAGUCCAUGGCAAUCUUUAUGGAACUAGCAUUGAAUCUGUUGAUGUUGUUGCUGAUGCUGGAAAGAGAUGUAUACUUGAUAUUGAUGUUCAAGGAGCAAGAUCUGUGAGGGCGAGUUCUCUUGAAGCUGUUUUUAUUUUUGUUCGCCCACCUUCAUUUGAGGAGCUUGAGAAUCGUCUUCGUGCAAGAGGAACAGAAACCGAAGAACAAAUCCAGAAAAGACUUAGAAAUGCUAAGGCUGAGCUUGAACAAGGAAAAUCUCCAGAUCUUUUUGAUCAUAUUUUGGUGAAUGAUGAUCUUGAAGCUUGCUAUGAACGACUUAAGGAUCUUUUGGGUAUUAGUGAAAGCAUGAACGUUACCCCAAAAACAGCAAGUAAGGUGUUUGACUUGCCUGUGGACUUCACAUUGACCAAAGUCAGCGAAAAGAUCAUCAUAAAGAAUGCUGAACAGGAGAUUGUGCUUGAUUUAUCUUUGAUGAAAGGAGGAGCACCUGGUCGGACAAGAGGACUAAAUAUGCAUGUGAAUUAUGAUUGAUCCAUUUAUGGAAAGUGCAACUUUUAAACCGAUCUUUUUGGUACCUUAAGUAGACAUGAAUUACCAUUUUAGUUUCAUGUUUGAAGGAAAGACAAAAGAAAAGUAACUUGUAGUUAGAUUUCCCAUUUUCUGGGGUUCCUUUUUUUCAUGUUUUAAAGGUCAUUUGAAUGAGGGAUGGAGUAACUUUUGAGAUUUCAAUUUUGGGGGAAUGGACAAUGACAAAUGAGAUGAAUUUUGGCC